UUGCGUACCGGUGCGUGGGCGUGCCCACUGGCGCUAAGAGGCGGGGCGGCGUGGGGGCGGGGUCGCUGGCUGGGGCUCUUCGUGCACAUAGCUUAGCUUCGUCUUGUUUUUGUUGUUAUUCUCAGUGCUGCUGCCUCAGACCUGAGAGCUCCUCGUUCGCGACAAGGCGCUUUCCCCCGCCCCUCCCGUCGCCAUGUCCUCCCCUCAGGACUCGCCUCACCACAACAAUAACAACAACCUGCCGCCUGAGGGGACGCCUGCCGACCCGGGCCUUAACAGCUCCUGGGUAGAGCUUCAGAUGAAUGGAAAUGGCAACGACAAUGGCAAUGCAAAAAACGGGGGGCUGGAACAUGUUCCUUCUUCAUCUUCCAUUCAUAAUGGAGACAUGGAAAAGAUACUUCUAGAUGCUCAGCAUGAAUCAGGGCAGAGCAGUUCAAGGGGUAGCUCUCACUGUGACAGCCCUUCUCCUCAAGAAGAUGGACAGAUAAUGUUUGAUGUGGAAAUGCAUACAAGUAAAGACAAUAGCUCUCAGUCUGAAGAGGAAGCAGUAGAAGGAGAAAAGGAAGUGGAAGUUUUGAAGAAAAGUGCUGACUGGGUAUCCGAUUGGUCAAGUCGACCUGAAAACAUUCCUCCCAAGGAGUUUCACUUCAGACAUCCUAAACGAGCAGUAUCUUUAAGUAUGAGGAAGAGUGGAGCCAUGAAGAAAGGUGGCAUUUUCUCAGCUGAGUUUCUAAAGGUUUUCAUUCCAUCUCUGUUCAUAUCACAUGUUUUGGCUUUGGGACUAGGCAUCUACAUUGGGAAACGACUGACUGCACCUUCAGCUAGCACAUAUUGAAAGAAGCAGUGCACAAGCCCUGGAAAUCCGUGUGAUGUGUGAAGGUGUUGACGUCACACUAGUACAUUUGAACUUGACCGUUUUGAGCAUGACCCUUCCCAGCCUCCACCUUGUCUUUACAUAUCCAGGUUCCAGUAACUCUUGGAAUUCAGUAUUGUAUUGGAACUCUGUGGGGGUAUUUCACUAGUUUCCCCUCUCCCUUUUCCCAGCCCGUCCCCACACCCUGCAAGACACAUCAGAAUUGCCUAACAGAGUUUACAAUUGCCUAUACGUUGCAAGGGCUUCUUUCAGUGCAAAAUGCCACCAGCAAAUUAUAAUUUUAUCAGUGAAGCUGUUGCCUCCUCUCUACUGCAGCAAGAACUAAUCUGCACAGUGUAUUAUAUGAGUGAACUGUUUAUAACACUCUUAAUUCAGUCUCUUUUAAAGAAACUGAAAAUUAACUGAAGUUGGUUGCAAAACAAAGUCAUUGGCAGUUUUAAAAAAUGUAGCUUAUUUACAACUUGACUGUUUUCAGUCUUCAGGAGGCAAAAAACUGCAUAAACAUAAAAGCAGGAUAAACAUGAAUUCAUCAGCAACUUUUAAUACUGAAUAAUUGUCACUAUCUUGUCUUUUCUAUGAAGUAGUGAGUUUAUUUCUGGUUUUGAAAAACCCUUUCCAACAUCUAGACAUUCUUUUUAAAAAGGAUCGCAUUCUUUGCAUGUGAAGAAGCUUUUUAGUAUUCCUUAGAAUUUUAUUUAAUGAAUGUUUUCCUUUUAAAGUAGUCUGACUUGAAGUAUUUCUUGAAGUAUUUAGGCUCCAUGUAAAAGGAGAUUCUGCUUACUAUGGAACCACUUACAAUUUAUGAAGAGAUGGUUCUUUCAGCAGCUAUUGGGGGCAUCAUUCCUGGAAAUAGUCUUAUAGUUGUGUAAAACAAUUGUACAAAGCUCUAAAAUGUUGAGAUUCAUUAUUACCAUUUUUCAUGGUUUACUGUUGAAUCUCCCUUGGAGAUAACCUGAAAUCUUAAGGAUCUUAGUGACAUCUGACAUCUUGUAUAGCUAGAUAGAAAUUUCACUAAUGGGAACACUCAGCCUUGCCCCACCCUUCAGAGACUUCCCCCCAAAAUGUGAAGCUUUAGUCCCAAAUUGUUUCAAAGCAACUGGACAAAGGUCCCUAAGUAGAUUUGUACUGGAUUUUGAAACAUGUAGCGUGACUCUGAAGGAUUAGAAUUCUGUUUUAUAUAUAAAUAAUAGACUUUAAUACUAUGUAUUUAGAGAACCAUUAUUAAUAGUAAAAUUAGCAAAAUGCCAUUGAACUAGAAUGCAUUAGACUUGCAGGAAAAGGUUGGCUGUUCUGUGGAAACAGAUAACUACUUUUUCUGUUUUCAUCAGAUUUCUGAAAGCUGAAGGGGUUUGAAAUAAGUAAAGUUUGUGAAGCAGAAGUGAUAAACAGGAAAUCCAUUUCUAAAGUGUAUGUGUGUGUUUAAUCUUUGAUUAUGGCAACACUUAGACUUCUUUUGGCUGAGUCUGGCAACAUCUGGGGUGUCCCCCUCCUAUUUGUUAUAGUAGCACCUGUAUUGCUUGCAGCUAUGUAUUUAUUUCUAGUGUGGUUAUUGGAAUGGGUUUGAGGUGAUUAAAAACAGUAAGGAUUUUAAGAAAAGAAAAUCAAACUAUAGCUAACCCAGGUGAAGCUAAAAGUCUUGCUUUCUUAUUCAACACUGAUUAUUGUACUUCCUUUUGCAAAACAAAUGGAAUGUGGAAAUGUAUAUGAAAUUGGGAGCAUGAUUGUCAAAAAAUAAAGCUUCACACCUUUCCAAAUUACGUGAUUGACCUGCAAAAUGCUGUAUGAUACACUAAUUUAUUUUCAUGCUUAUAACUACACACCAUUGCUAAUAUUUGAGAUAGUAGUGAGAUUAUAAUUACCAGUGGGGAAAAAAUUGGUCUUUGAAUACCUGAUCACUGUUGAGCUUGUUGCCAUGAAAUGAUACAAAGCAGUAUUUCUUGAGAAAUGAUCAUAAGUUUGGAAUGAAAGACCAUGACUUUUUGUAAUACUAUGAAAUGGACCGGAUUUGUUACAUAAAUUUGAGCGGGGGUAUCUGCUAUAAAGCUGUGUUAAGAUAAAAACCUUGUUAAAUAGCUUUAUACCUGUUUAUAGUUUGAGGUGGGAAUGCAGGUCUUGUUUCCUUAUGUUGAGUGGGGGAAAACUGGCUUGAAAUAUUUGUACAUAGGAUCAAGCAAUGCAUAAACUCGCACAUUAAAGAAAGCAGCAGGCUGAACUGCAGGAAAAAUACCCUUAUUUACUGCUAAAAA